AGGAAGAUGCCCUUCAUACUUCAAUUAACUAUUCACAAGUGCACCUGAUGGAGAUGUACUUUGGAUGAGAUUCCCAGUCACUCAGAAGACUAUCGAUGCGGACAUUUGAGAAUGGAAAAUCCAGAAGCUACCCGUAAGAGUGCACCGAGAUGUAAUCACAGUUCAGGAACGUUUGAUUGCUGCGGGAUUCAGCCCAUUCACAUUGCGUAGACAGCUCAGGCCGGUACGUGCACAUGUACAUGCAUGUUGUAACUCUCAUAAGGAAAGUACGUGGUCCAAGUGACUUCUGACUUUGCUGGAAAAUCACUCAAAAUAAAUUGCUCAUAGGGGUUUCUUUCGGGGCCUUUUUCCGGAGGAUUUUUUCUCUGUCGGGCUUCUAUCUGCUUUUCCACUGGCAGUUUGUAAACGGUGAUAGGUUGUAGAACGCUCGAGGGUGACUCUAAACCUGUCCACAAGUAGGAUUAUGGAACGGUCCGAAACUCGCGUCGAUCAAGCAUUAUGAAGUAGGCGUUCUGUUUAUCGCAUGGGUGAUAUCGCGAGUUUGUGCGCCGGUUCCUGUUUACGCGCAUUCUCACAAUCAGACUAAAGACUGAGGGGUUUUGCACCGAAGAGCACGUUUGUCUCUGAUCUUAGGCUGUAACAGAAUCGGCGGGGAAGACAUCAACUGGUGCUGACUCCUUGUUUGCGUUUGCGCACGGGCCCCGGAUACACGGUCCGCUGCGCUCAUUUCCGUGAUAGUUUGUUCGUCAACCCGUCUCCCCCUCCUUUGCCCCUCGGAUUAUAUCGCACGGCUACCCACAGACGUCAAGCUCUUCCCUCUCCCACGGGCGAUAUGAACGCUCACUUCCCAUAAUCAGCCCCCGUGCUGGCACACCUGUAUUAUGUCGUCGAACAGCCAAGAAACAUCACCAGAACGAAGAUAGAGCCGGCACUUGCAAUGGACUUUCUGCGCUGUCGUCCGUGAUGGGAAGCAGGGACUACCCGAGCUGAAAUUACUUGCAGAUGUCAACCUGAGGAGAGACCGCAUUGACAUCCUGUACUGGAAAUAUUAAGUUGAUUGUAGUUCAGUAUGUGAGGAACUACAAGGGAGACGAACCGUACCGUUCCAGUUACGAUUGAGGCAUAUAAGACUAUAACAUCAUUGGGGUGAGUCUGUCUGGACUACCGGGCAAAUAAUCCCCUGGGUCCUGUUCAGCAUGAAGUGAAUCGUGGCAGGGUGCUGAUCUUGAGUCUGCUAUCCUCAGCUCUCGGUCUCACAGACGUCCAGUUUUCAAGAUUGUCCCCUUGGGGUUGUCUCCGUUACAUUACUCUCUUCAAGUGAGAUCAACAAGAAAUCAUUAAGACGCAGGCAACAUGUAGGACCAUGGUAUUCCUGUCCAAAUGGAAAUUGGAGUCGGUUCGUCGAGCGUAGUGCCAGGGACAGCAAAUCGUUUGAUUGUUUACCAGAGGAAAGCGAACAAGUGCACCGGACGGCACCGUGCGGCUGCAACAGUGCUAGCGUACCAGACACUGGGAAUAGACGCUGUGCUAUCAGGGUGCGAUAGCAGGGAUGACCUCACGCGUACGCACACCUGACUGGGGUUCAGCGUAACUACAAGUGGAAUAUCAUUGGAACCGAACUUGGAAUAUACGAAGAGGGAACUCUGUACUUCAAUCCGCAGCUUACCACAACAAUAGAUGCACAUUUGACUGGCUGAAUUAACGCACCGUUAUAAUCCAUAAAACCCAGAGAAUUGUACCUUGGCGUCAUGGAUUUCUACUGGGUCGGAUUUUUCCUUUGGAUGUGUUGUCUUCCAACCGUCCUGACCCGACCAGAAACAGUCAGGAUAGUGGGUGGAAUUUUCGACAAAAGCCCUGAAACGAGUAACGCCGAGAGAGCUUUCACCUUCGCCGUCGAACGCUUCAACACCCAGCACUACGUCAACGACACGACCCUGGUGGCAGACGCCGUGCAAGUGGCGAGCAACGACACCUUUGAUGCCACCAAAACAGUUUGUCAACUGCUCUCCAAGGGCGUGGCCGCCAUCUUUGGGCCGGCAUCGCAGGAUAGCGCCAUGGCCGUGGGGUCGGUCUGCAGGUCGAUGGACGUCCCGUUCGUGGAAACGAGGUGGGAGUUUGAAGCGCGCGAAAGCCUGGUGACCUCCAUCAACCUCCAUCCCAGCAACAGGCACAUCAGCCUGGCUAUCAAGGAUAUCGUGCUCUCCUACCACUGGACGACAAUCACGAUCGUAUACGAGGAGGAGUCUGCCCUAACACGCCUACAGGAGGUCCUUCACGCCUCGGCAGAGCCCAUGAAAGUCAAGGUAACGGUGUACCGUAUCCCCUCCCGGCCCGACAUGCGGGAACUACUGAAGGAGAUCAAGCGGUCUGGGGCCCGUCACAUCAUCAUCGACUGUCGCAGCCAGACGCUGCCACUGCUUCUCGAGCAGAUUAUGGAGAUGCAGAUGUUGCGGAGUUAUUAUCACUACUUAUUCACGUCAAUGGACCUUACUCUACUUAACAUGUCCCGAUACAGCGGAGACGGUGUUAACAUCACAGCCGUCCAUCUCCAUGAUACGGAGAGCGCAAAGUUCCACCAAGUGGCCUUGGACUGGCGCUCGCAGUUCCCCGAAGCCGACACACACCCCAUGGAAAUGGGAUUAACGACGGAGGCUAUGUUGAUUAUUGAUGCUGUUCACGUCUUGGCCGAGGCGUUAACAUCGCAUUUGGGUCGAAAUAUGUCUCUCCAGCGUCUGUCCUGCUUCCACGGCCACAAAAAAUCCUGGGACUACGGUCUGUCCUUCUUCAACUACAUCAAAAGUGUUACCUUGAAGAACGGUCUGACGGGAGAGGUGAACUUCAGCAUCAACGGCGGGCGAGAUAAUCCCAAGAUAUUCAUCUCCGAGCUCUUUGACACGAGCGGAUUGAAGCAGAGGGGAUUCUGGAAUACGUCAAGGCAAGUCCACCUGAAACCACGAGAUAUAACCAGCGUUGGUGACCUUUCAACGUAUUACAACAGGACACUAAUUGUGACAACUAUCAGAGAGCAGCCGUACGUCAUGUACAGGGAAACCGACAAAGAAGGCGUGCCGGUCACAGGCAACGACCGUUACUAUGGCUUCUGCAUUGACAUGCUGAAGAAGAUCUCGGAGAUCCUCCAUUUCUCCUACAAGAUAGUGGAGGUGGAGGACAACAACUACGGCUCAGAACUGGAAUCUGGAAGGUGGAACGGUAUGGUAGGGGAACUUAUGGAGAGGAAAGCUGACCUUGCAGUGGCUCCACUCACCAUCACCUACAGCAGGGAGCAAGUCAUCGACUUCUCCAAACCCUACAUGCAUCUGGGUAUCACCAUCCUGUACCGGAGCCCCGAGCCCCAGAACCCUGGAGUCUUCUCCUUUCUGAACCCACUCUCAUUCGAUGUCUGGCUGUACGUGGUCCUGGCCUUCUUCCUGGUUAGCAUCACCCUCUUCCUGUUGGCCCGGUUCAGCCCUUACGAGUGGUACAACUCCCAUCCCUGCAACCCGGAAUACGACGAGGUCCGGAACCAGUUCAACCUCACCAACUGCCUGUGGUUCUCCUUUGGCGGGCUCAUGCAACAGGGCUCGGAGGUCAACCCGCGAGCCUUCUCCACCAGGGUUUUGAGCGGCUUCUGGUGGUUCUUCUCCCUCAUCCUCGUGUCGUCCUACACCGCCAACCUGGCUGCCUUCCUGACGGUAGAACGGAUGGUGUCGCCCAUCAGCAGUGCUGAUGAUCUCUCAAAGCAAACAGAGAUUGAAUACGGCACAAGAAGCGGCGGAUCCUCAGAAACAUUUUUCAGGCGAUCGAAAAUCCCAACCUACCAAAAAAUGUACGAGUUCAUGAGUGCCCGACCACACGUCUUCUCGAAAACGUACGACGAAGGGAUCGAGAGAGUUCUGAACUCCAAGAACUAUGCUUUCCUGCUGGAGUCCACCACAGCGGAAUACCGUAUCUCCCAGCACUGCAAAAAUCUGACCCUGAUUGGAGGCUUGCUGAACUCCAGAGGUUAUGGUAUUGGCACACCACUUGGCUCAGCGCUUCGGGACGAGAUCACCAAGGCCAUCCUAAGUCUCCAAGAGGACGAGACGAUAAUCCGCCUCAAGCAGCAGUGGUGGAAGUCGGCCAACUGCCAGAACAACAACGCCAACCAAAAGGAGGACGCCAACGAGCUGGGCGUGAAGAACAUUGGUGGCAUCUUCCUGGUUCUCAUCUCAGGGUUGGUGGCCAGCGCCAUGGCAGCCGUGGCCGAGUUUGUGUGGAAGUCGCGGCAAAAUGCUACGCUUGACAGCAAAUCGCUUUGCGGGGAGAUGAUGGCGGAGAUGAGGUUUGCCUGCCGAUGCAACAAAAGACGGAAUAGUAAGCCGGUAAUAGAACACAAGUACAUCCCCACCGCAGCCUACCCUGCGUCAGGAAUGAAUGGACAAGCCAUACAAAUGGCAGAGACGGUAGCUUGAUGACUUCUCGACUAAGGGUAUUACUGACUAAAACUAGGUCUGUUGACUCAGUGGAUAGAUCUGCAGUGAGCCUUAUUUACAGCCAGAGGAGAAAACAAGGAUAUAUAGAUUGGGAUCGGCAGAGACUACACAUUACCAGCUGAUGUGAGAAACUGGAGAGAUUUGGAAGAAGCCUGCUGAUUCUUCUGGACGUGAAUGCCUAGAGCAGAAUGUGCACGAAGCGAUCAGAGGGAAAUCAUUCUCUUCUUGUGUCGCGGUUGCUUUCAUUCAGAGCAGCACUUGAUAGCUGAUGGUAUUCAGUUUUAGUCUAGGUCUUCCAAAAUUUGCAUCUAAUACAUACAUACCGUCCCAUAGCGUCGCAAGGCAAGCUCUCCGGCGGAGCUUAAAAGGCAUCGUGAUCCAGCAGGGAAGUAUACAUGAAUCCACGAUCAUUUAGAAAGGUGUUUCCCAUAGCCAGCUGGAACCUGGAACGAUUGCUGGCUGGAACUAUGUCUUAUUCCGUGUCCUUUGAAGGAAGCAGCCCAAAGGUGUUGACAUUUUGCCAAAGAGGACGUCCCAGUCGCGAGGCUUGUACAACAGAAUCAUUCACCUUUAGUGACAGUCCCAAACUGCGUACUCAGUCACCAGUUGAGAGUGUAAUGUCGUUUCGGAUUAACAAGUACAUGUAAUGUCACUGUGGACAAUAAGUCAGUCUAAUCUUUGACAAGAAUAUUUUACAAACGAUGACUCUGCAGCUCCAAAGGUCUGCAACAGGGUAUCACCGAUAUUAGACGGGGCAAUGAUAACUUCAAAGUCGAGCAAAAGCCACCAAUGAUGAAACAUUAUCAUCGGCUCAACAUUAAACUUUUUAAAAACAUGGCUGGCCAUGUACUUUUCUGGAGUUCAUUGAGAAGGAAGAUGUAAACUAAUAAUUCGCUGACGUCAAGAGGUUCCAACAUGUCUAGGCGGCAAAAAACGUGAACCUAUGAAGCAGCGUUGUAAAGAUGCAGACGACACUCAGUGAUUGUGCAGUCUCCUUGAUACAGGGUAGUGUCAACUAGCGAUACUGAGAACCAGCUGUCUAUCUUUGAUGUUGCUGAUGGCUCUCGAUUUAUCUAGGAACCAUCAGUUUUAGAAGGUCCACCAACCGUAAGCUACGGUGAUUCUCCCCCAUUUGGGCAUUUCAGUCUUUCCUCAUCAUCAGUGAAUUAUGCAAAUUGUUUGGAGGAAUACAAGCUUCCACAAUCUUCCCCAUCUGCGCUGAUUGAUUAAUUUGGUGAUGUACAUAUGAUGAUCUUUGAUCACAUGAUCACCACGUGUCUCUGGACACUUAACAAGGACCUUUCCUUCGCCAAGCCUGAUAAAAGGCUAUCUGUAGUGAGUGUGUUUUUAUUCUGUAAUUGAACUUAAAAUUAUGAGAUAGCAACGAUACCGGUACCGGCUAUAAGAGCACUAGAGGUUCUGAAGAUGCUACCCGUAGAAGAAUCACAUGGCACGAAUUUCCUGAUCUUUCCCUCAGUUAUAUAUCCCUUUGUACACCGACGAAAACCUUGUGCUCUCAUUUACUAUAUCGGGGCAAACCUGUAAAGAAAACCUUUUUGUAAAGAAAAUGUGCAAAAGGAUAACGAUCUUUAUUCAGAGCUUAGUUUGAACAUAUGACAGGACUGCAUAAAAAUCAAAUCUAUUUCCUACUAAUCUGUCAGAUAGGAAAGGUGUCACGUUCGUUAAACGCACAGACGGAAAAGCUACGGUAGCUCGAUAUUUAAAAGAUAUAUAUUUUGGUUUGCAUGCCCUAUGUAUCAGCAAUAUACACACCCAUUGAACCAGUGGCUGUGCAAAUCUGUACAUGCAUGUAAAAUUAUGUAAAAAGCUACAAAAGAAAUUUUAUAAAGAAAGUAAGUUUUCUACAACCUACCUUGAUUUCUUGUGUUACUAUGUAUAUAAAAAAUAUACGCAAUUGCUCGGAGAAAAUAUAUGGUGUUUCACUGCUGGCAACAAUUGCUGUGUAUUGCAAUACUUCCAUUAAUUAUGGUGUUGAAGAGUUGGGUUGAGAAAGGAGAGUAAAUGGAGUAUUUCUUUGAUGUGACAUAUUUUUGCUGUUAAUCGAAUUGGAGCAAAAAAGCCCCACCCAUUUGGAUGAAGGUACUUCUUAAUGCUCUCUCUCUCUCAGACUGGGGGAUAAAAUAAUGGUAUCACUUUCCUGAAUGCCAUAGUCACAGCCAACGUGCGUGCAUUCGUGCUAGAUAUUGUAAAGGCCAGUUCGUGCUUCAGGCGAAUGCUAAAACGAAGCGAAUUUGACGUCACGAAAAAUUUGCAUCGAAAUUUCUCCCGACUUGGAGUCUGUUUAACUUUUGCGAAUUAGCAAUGCAAGUAUUUGAUCUGACGCCACAAAAUUCGCGUUCAAAAUUCGCGUUAAUAGCUCGCUAUUAACCGGCCUUAAUAAAGUUUCCCUUUAAUAACAAAACAAAGUAAAUAACAACAAACGGCAAACCCUUUUUUCAUUCUUUUCAUAAGUGUAGUACUGUUAUGAUUUGGGGGCCAUAAGCACUUUAACUCGGUCAAUGUAUUGGUACAGAUGCGUUUCAUAGUACUAAAGUUACGUGCUAAAGAGUGCAUGAAUUAAUUGAACACAACUGAAAAUACUUCUUCAAGUCAAACAUCUGUUAAUUUAAUGUAAUUAAAGGCAUAUCAGCCUUUUGUGUGAAACUGACAUGAUUUCUUAAGGCUGUUUUUUUCAGAUUUUGAAAACUAAAUUAUUUGCUGAUUUGAAUAUAUAUAUCCUUUGUGUGUAAUUGACGUUGAAAGUGUUUGUACGUUCAAAGCAGAACGAAAAAAAAAUAUAUAUACCAAUAACACACCACUCCUAUUUUGGGCCAACUAAGCAAUUUGGUAUUGAUACUAAUCACUUUGAGAUUAUUUUUUCCGCUUGGAAUGAUGAAAUGUGAUUACUGACUUUUCCCAUGCUCGACAAAGCAAGACGCUAUGUUAUUGUUUCGCAUUAUUUUCGAAAGAGAAGAACAGUCCUAAACGUUGUUUCAAAAGGGAAUUGGAAUAGAACGGAAAGUGUUGUUCCUUCGCGGAUUAGAAAUUUCUGAAGUUUCGGUUUCAUUGAUGAUCAGUUUUAUCCUUGAAUGAUUUCUUUCUUCUGGCAGUAUGCAUAAAUUCUGCGUAUGACAUAGUGUACUGUUUUCGUUUUAGAAAUGCCUGGUGCACCUCUAUCGCAAUCGUUUUACAGAAUGAAUAUAAAGAAGUAAAGUUGGCUUGAUUGUUGCUUGCUUCCCUGUUUUGUCUGUUAACUUUGCUUUCUUUAUACUUUUAUUGCCUAUAAGGUAAAUUGGCAUAGUUUUGAAUCAAAAUUAAACUUUUUUGCUUAAUGAGAAAUUACCUUCAGCAUCAUUUUUAAUUUCACCGAGAAUGCCUUUUAAAGCAACAGAAUAUACAAGAGUUUUUCCUGGUUUUCCUCUGCAAAUUUCAGGUAAAUUAAAAUUUGUCUUGCCCAAAAUUGAAUAAAAUGACCAAGGUUCAAGCCUUACCUUUUCUGUAAAAGUUGGCUAAGUUGCAUUUUCCUGAAUGACAUGGAAAUUCCUCUUCAAGUAUCAGGAAUAUAUAUGAGGAAAGGUUGCCCUACAUUGUUUACUUAUUUGAAGUUCAAAUUUUCGUAGAAUUUCACUAUUUUUUAGAAAACAAUCAAGACGAGUUAAAACACUCUGCCUUUUCUCUAUUAAUUUAGGCAAUUUCAAAUGCCAUUAUUUCUAGCCCUAAACUGAAUAAAAUUGCAAUGAAAUUCA